AUUUUUUCAGGAGAUCCACUUUUGACAGAAGAGCUGCUAUUCAACGCUUCCCUAAAUUUAGGGUCAAUACACCGUCUACGAAAAGAACUUAACACAGCUGAACAUUUUUACAAAAAGGCCAUGGAAUCUGCCACCCUCAUGAAGGACCUUGACAGAGAGCUGCUUGCUAAAAUACAUCUGGCGCUCUGUUUGUUAGAUCGUGGAGAGUUAAAAGAAGCCAUAGAAAACUACUUCAAAGAGCUUAUGAUUUCCAAAUCUAACAUGAGCAACUACACAAAAACACUUUUUCUUCAGUAUUAUGGUAACGCCUGCAGAUCCGCUGCAGACUGGGGACGAGCUAAAGAAUACCUUCGUGAAGCUUUGCACUUAGCAAAACAAUUGAAGGACGCUGGGCUUGUGUCAAGUUGCUGUGGGGAUCUUGGUAACGUCUUUAGAUCUGAAGGAAGGUAAUCAUUCAGUCUUGUUAAGAUUUAUAGUUAACGCUCUUUACCUUCUCCUAACCCGCAGUUGCUUCAUUUGGCAACAUUACAACUCCCUGUCCCCCUUCCAUACCUCGACCGAUCAUCAAAGUCAACGUCAUCAACUGAAAUACCCUCUGACAAAACCAAUAUGCGCAAGGAACGAAUGAAUGAGUCAAUGAAUGAAUAAAUGAAACUUAACGUGUCUGUAAGAUGUAGCUGAGGGGAAAUGCCCCCUCUACUAAUUGAAGAAAUUGUAACUAACAUCGAGGUCUAUGAAGGAAAUUAUGCGAUGGUUGCGUUCGACGAUAAGAGAACGGAACUCCUAAUGUUAACAGCUAAGUCUCUUACGGUCGGAGAUUUAUCGAAAUGUGUCUUUUUGUAGGUACUGGGAUGCAGAGCAACUUCAUGGAACACAUUGCAACAUUGCUCUAAAGAGAGGAGAUAUACAUGGCCUUGCCAUCGCUUGCGGUAAUAUCGGUUUCUUGAAAUUUUAUAAUCCCCAAGAGACCGACGCUUCUGUGGUUUAUCAGUUCAUCGAAUACUCGCUAGCAGGACAGCUUGGUGAUUUUGCAAGAAUGGGAAUAGCCUUCAACAAAAUUGGCAAGCUGUACACGACGUUAGGGUAUGGCAUCUGUUCUUCCUAAGUCUUCAUUAUUAUAAAACAGGGCCAUGAUAGUUAUCCUUCACUUAGCAAACCCCACUCAUCACAAACAGAACUAACCAACGAACAGAAACAAGAAAAAGCAAUAACAAGAACACAACGGAAAGAAAAAAACAACAACAACACCAAAACAAAAAAAAAAACAAAAAAACAAAACUCAGAAUUCAUUUUACCUGCAUGUAUUUAUUUUACUUUUUGUCCACUGAUACACGGAAAUUUGCACAUGCGCUAUGAUAUAUCGGUGAAGAUCAAACAUUUACUUUUGGUGCCAGGAACAUGAAUGCAAACUAAGAGUUGCGGCUCACCUGAUUAUUCAAAAUAUAUAAGAAAAAGUGGCGCAUUGUUAAUUUGUUUAAAUGUAGAUUUAUAUUUCAUGUACAUGCUGUUUCUCUUUUAAAAUUAUUAUUUUCUUAACAGUUAUUACGACCCAGCCACGAAGUUGUUUCGAGUCGCUCUUGAUACAGCACGGAAAGCUGGGAAUGUUGCCGGUGAAGGAAUGGCCUGGGGAAAUCUUGGCAACGUACAUAGAGCAUUAGCACAGUUUGAAAAAGCAAUUGAAUGUCACUUGAAGUACCGAGAUAAUGCUCAAAGACGACUGGACGUCGGUGGGGUGGCUAUCAUGCAACAUCAACUUGCCAUGGAUUAUUUUCUCAGUGGAAAUUUACCAGAAGCGGAAAAAUCAAUCAUCGAUGCUUUUCAAACGUUGGAGUCGAUACGCUCCCAGAUUGGAAAGGACGAUCAGUCAAAGCUUUCUAACUUUGAAAAGAACCAAGCCGAUGCUUAUAACUUGUUGCAAAUGGUGUUAGUGGCUCAGAAGAAGUAUAAAGAGGCGUUUGUGUUUGCUGAUGCCAGUCGCGGUAGAGCACUAACCGAAAUUGUUCGGAAUCGGGUAUGGGGCUCCAUUUCCUCGCCAACAGACAUAAACUGCCUGCGUGAAGAGUUUACUACUCAGUCAUUCCAAAGUCUUCUGCAAGUUAGCCGCAAGCUUUCUACGGCCUUGGUCAUGUAUUCUUUGGUUAAGGAAUUCGAUCGCACUGGGGCAAUCUUCAAUUGGGUGUAUGCUUGGGUGUUACACCCGACGGGGAGUUUAGAUUUCAGCAAAACUCCUCUCCAAAGUGGAACAGAGUUUAAGGUUGAAGUAAACGAUGAAUUUAUUUUUAAACUUAGGAGCUCAAUGGCUCAACAAUCUCAACGGGAAGAGCUUAGCCAGUUUAUCAAGAAUACUCCUCAUUUGCCUUUAGAUGGACAACAAGUGCAGCCUAGAACCAAUAUUCAAACUGAUGAGGUGCUAGAAUCACUUAGGGGACUUGACCUGUUUCCAGGGUUCAAAUGUGAAUCUAAAGACAAUGGUAAUUCGUUCUUCUAUAACCUUCAAUGGGAUUGUCCGGCUGAUCGUAAAGCAAAGUCUGAAACGGAGAAGGGUAGGCACGAUCCUCUGCAAUCAAGUUGUAAUAACGAUUUGGAAGGCAAUCAUCUUGGAUCUGAUCACAUAGAUUUGAAUUCUGGUGAAACAAGCCAAAAGUCUUGCACCACUCAAAGUGACACCAAAGCUCAAAAAGGCCAAAAUGUUGCAGCUUUCUUGACUCAUGGCAACGACGCGCCGAAUAGCAACGUGACCGGUGUCUCGGUAUCAACCGAUCCACCACCAACGACGCAGGAAACCCGUAACGAGCUCAAUAACGACCCUGUUUUGGCACCAUGGCAGCCAAUGCUUUGCCAGCUGCACAAAAUACUUAUUGCCCCUAUUGCAAACGUUCUACCGCGAGAGGAUAAAAAGACACGAAUUAUUUUCAUUCCUCAGGAUUUCUUGCUGAAAGUUCCCUUUGCUGCCCUGCAGGAAGACGCUAAUCAUCCAUAUUUAAUGGAAAACUAUGUCAUUUCAACCAGCCCUUCAAUCCAUUUGCUUGAACUAAGCAGUGCAAUUUGCAAGAGCUCUGAAGACAACGCAUCUUUAGAGUUAAGCCUUCUGGCCGUCGGAAACCCCAAAAUGCCCUUUGAAAGGCAUUUGCAGCUUCCCUUUGCUGAACGCGAAGUACACCUCAUUAGCGAGAUAAUAAAUUCAGAAGCUUCAGAUGUGUUAACGAGAGAAAAGGCCAAGAAGAGGAAUGUGGUAGCUGCCAUGCCUAAGCAUAAAAUUUUGCACUUUGCUACUCACGCUGUUGUCGAAAACGCGGAUUCCCACGGUGAUUUUAGCAUGCCAGGCUUUAUCGUCCUGGCGAAGUCCGACACUAAAUGCGAUGGUAUUCUCACCGCCGAAGAAAUAAGAGAGAUGAAACUCAACGCUGAGCUGGUUGUACUUAGUUGUUGUGAAACUGGGUUGGGUAAAGUGACAGGAGACGGCAUAUUGGGUGAGCUAUUACAGUUAAUUUCAUAUUGUUAAUAAAUUUUUAAGUACAAUUUAUCAUGCUAUUACAGCAAGAAGCCCAAAAGUUUGACCUCCUUUAAUUAACUCACAUUCUUCCAUGCAGACAUUAACCAAUCAGAAGUCGAGGACAGUUUCCAGCUGGUUCCUGAUUGGAUUAAAUUUGUACGAAAGAAUGUGAAUAAUUCAAAAGCGAUCACAUUUUUGGGCUUCUUGCUGUAAUCAAGACUGUUUCAAGUGUCAUUUUUAAUGUAAAUACGGCACUCACGCCAUCGGAUUUUUUCCGGCACUCAAUUGGCCACCUGGAAUGUCUGUUUACAUAUUCAUAAGAGUAAUAGAUCAAAUAAAACAGUUUCUACUUGAGAACACCGCUUUUCUGUCAAGAGAUCGAGGGCCUCUCAUAAUCAAAGCGUCCAUCUUAAACAAUUUUUUCCCUGUUAUGAGCGCUAUGAGUAUCUUGCUAGUGACUGCCAUUACUUUUGGAGUUAGCGGUUCCAAUUGAAACUCAAAUACACGUCAAGUGGUCCAAUCUCCUGUGAGCAGGCUCACUGAACACAAUACUCAUGAAGCAAACCCUCAGUUACCAUAAUUUUCGAGCAGUUUAUCUUAAGAACUUAAAACCUAUGCUUAUUUGGAUGAGCACUGCCUCGUUGUCAUGGUAAUCCGACAGUCUAAAAAGAAGGAUCCAGACUUUGAUUUUGCUUAUUUAUAUUAAAUUCUAUCGCUAGAAAUCGCGGGAAACAGGUCAAACAAAUGUAUACGUGUAAAACAAAAAUAAGGGAUACAAUGACUAAAACAGUACUGUGUCUGUUUCAAUACAAUUAGGAACAUUUAAUCUUAAUAUGAAUAUCUAUAUAAAGGAAACUGAACAUCUUUAUAUACUCUCAAGAAAAAUUGCGUGUCUUGUUGAUCAGUUUUCUUCCUUUCGCUAAAAACGAACUAGAUGAAAAAUAUAACCCACCAUCCCACAAGCGUGACCCAUACUCCCUUGUCACCUAGGUAAAAAACCUUUUCUAAAAGUGUGUGACUAUUGGACGCGGGUCGCGGGUUGUAUGUCGCGGGUGUAGUUGGGAAGUCGCAGUUGGGAAAAAUUCAAGUUACAGAAUUCUAUUUUGAAUUCACGCAAAAUCAUUUUUCCCACCUGCAACAUCAAAACCCGCACCCUCGAAUUCUAACCCGCACCAUUGACUUACAACCUGAGACCCCCGAUCCGCGACACGCUACCAUUAUUCAAAAACUCCCUCUGAGAACAUUGUAGACUAAACGUUCUCUUGAUCCAUUCUAAAAUACUGUCUUCUGUUUGAAGGUCUCGCACGCGCGUUUCUAGCAUCAGGUGCAGCUUGUGUGAUUACAACCCUAUGGAAAAUUGACGAUCAAUCCGCCUCUGAACUCAUGGAAGCAUUCUACCAAGAAUACAAGUCUUCCCGUGAUGCAGCGUCAUCGCUACAGAGAGCCAUGAAUAUUCUGCAAUCAAAGGACGACACCAAAAGUCCUCAGCACUGGGGCGCUUUCUCCAUAGUUGGCACUACUGGAUUUGGAAGUGGCUCGGGAUGA